AUGGCCCGCCGCACAGCCUUCGCUCUCGCCCUGCUGCUCCUCGUCGCCGUGGCCGUCGCGCCACUGGCCAAGGCCAAGAAAUCUGCCAAGACGGAGGAGAAGGCCGCCGACGCCCCUGAAGCUGACGCGCCGGCCGCGGACGCGCCCGCUGAGGGUCCAUCGGAUGGACCGGCGGGCGCCCCCGGCCCCUCUGAGGGCAUCUCCGGCCUCUCGGACGAUGACGACAACGACGACUGA